AUGAAGUCCCAAAUCCUUGCUAUUUGCAUUGCAGCCCUCGCGAGCCAUGUUUCCGGCUCUACGUUCAGCCCCGCCAGACCACCAGCGAUCCCUCUCGCAGUCAAGUCUCCAUAUAUGAAUACAUGGCUCGAAGUUGGAGGUGAUGGGGGAAGCGGAGGGGUUCUGCCCGGGCAUUGGCCAGGUCCCCAGCCGGGGUCUGUUGCUGGAACAAGUGGUUCAGUCACAGGUUGGACAGGCUUAAUCAAGGUUGAUGGUACUUCCUAUACUUGGAUGGGCGAGCCAAACGUAAAUGGUGUCUCUCCUCAGAGUGUUACCCAGGAAAGUUUUGAAUACACCUCCUCCAGGUCUACAUUUAUUAUGAAUGUCAACGGGAAGGUGUCAAUGAAUGUCACGUUUGUGUCACCAGUCACUCCAGAUGACCUGCGGCGUCAGUCAGUCAUUGGUACCUACCUUUCCGUGUCUGUAGCCGCAACUGAUGGUAGAACACAUUCUGUACAGCUUUAUGCUGAUACAUCGGCUGAAUGGACUUCAAUACAUAACUCAGAUGUCGCACAGUGGAGUUAUAAGGUCAAUAAUGGAGUUGCCUCCCAUCAGAGCUGGAGGCAAAACCAGAGCGAAUUCAAUGCAGACUACCCUGACGAUGCCGCACAUUGGGGUCAUUGGUACUGGUCAACUGCUGCGACAUCUUCCAUGACAUACCAGUCAGGCCAAGAUACGACUGUUCGACAAAACUUUCUCAGUAAUGGAGCUCUGCCAAACUCUCAGGAUUCUAAUUAUAGAGCGAUCAGUGAAGACUGGCCAGUGUUUGCAUUCGCAAAUUCUCUGGGCAAUGUUGGACAGACACCAGUAACCACACUUUACACUAUUGUUCAUGCCCAACAAAAUACAGUUUACUUCAACGGGGCUUCUGGAAAUGUUCCAGUUCCAUCUCUCUGGACGAGCUACUGGAGUAGCGAGCUUGCGAUGGUUAAUUUCUUUUACAACGACUGGCAUAACACCCUGGGGAACUGGGAUUAUAAGUAUGCCACUGAAUCGCUCGCCGCUGGUGGGCAGGAUUAUCUGACAAUCACCACUCUCUCGGCACGCCAAGCUUUUGGGGCUGUUCAACUUUGUGGGACGGCUGAGAAGCCGUACCUUUUCCUCAAGGAAAUCAGCUCUGAUGGCAACGUCCAAACAGUUGAUGUUAUGUUCCCCGCAAUGCCAAUUUUCCUAUACUCUAACCCGAUCCUUGUCAAGUAUCUACUUGAUCCUCUUUUCGAGAACCAAGAAGCGGGUCAAUUUCCACAAAAAUAUGCAAUGCAUGAUCUAGGAUCAAGUUACCCGCGUGCAAUUGGGCAUCCCACAGGUGAUGGAGAAUACAUGCCCCUUGAGGAAUGCGGAAACAUGAUCAUAAUGACGUUGGCCUACGCUCAGCGUGCUAAUGAUAAUAACUACCUAAGCCAACACUAUGACAUUUUGAGCCAGUGGACUGGCUAUUUGGUGGAUGAAGCACUCAUUCCCGCGAAUCAACUAUCAACGGAUGAUUUCCAAGGCCAGCUUGCGAAUCAGACGAAUUUGGCCCUGAAGGGUAUCAUAGCUAUUGAGGCAAUGGCCGUUAUUGCGGAACUUACUGGCAACUCCGCCGAUGCCUCAAACUACCACAAUAUCGCCACUAGCUACAUCUCCAAAUGGCAAGGGCUUGCUGUGGUUUCUAGUGCUUCACCCCCGCAUACUAGCUUGGCUUAUAACGAUGAUUCUUCCCAUGGGCUCCUGUAUAAUCUCUAUGCUGACAAGCUUCUGGGCCUGAAUCUCGUUCCUCAGUCUAUCUACGAUAUGCAGAGCAAGUUCUACGCCACCGUGUCCCAAACCUACGGCGUCCCUCUGGAUACGCGUGACAUGUGUACCAAAUCCGACUGGGAGAUGUGGUGCGCAUCCAUUGCCUCCUCAUCAACGCAACAAAUGUUUAUCUCCAAGCUCGCAACCUGGAUCAACGAGACUUCGACAAAUCGCGCAUUCACCGAUCUAUAUGACACACAAACUGGAGGUUUUGUGGAUGGACCGUUUAUUUCGAGACCGGUUGUCGGAGGUCACUUUGCACUGCUUGCUUUAAAUGACGCGCCCGCGAAUGCGGUUGGGAAGAGGACAAACGUUGUGGAGAAGAAUUUCGAAGCAUGA